UUAUUUUCCAGUUUAGCAAUAGUUUCGAGAAGAUUAAUCUUUUUUGUAAGAUAUUUUUGAAGAAUACGUAAUUUUUUUCUUAUUUUAAAUAGUAUGUUCGGGUAAUAUCUGCAUUUAAAUUUGCCGGCUGGAUAAUUUUACAUAUUACAUUAGCGAUCAUGACUUGGGUGGUUUGUCUGCCUGGCUGGGGGGCGGCGAUGGCGGCUGGAGCGCUCCUGCUUUACGGAACCCUGGACGUGGCGUACUUCGCCAGGAUGAUGUACACCGUCGCCAAGGCUAGGUACUUCAAGAAGAAGGCCUGCAUCAUGGACACUACCGAGGUCAAUUCAUGGUGCCUCCUCAACGACAUCGACACCCUGCUCUACCACAUGAACAACGCGCGCUACCUUCGCGAGCUGGACUUCGCGAGAGCUGACUUCUACGAGCGGACGGGACUGUACGCCAACAUCAAGGCGGCCGGCGGCGCGGUGGUCCAAGCGGCCGCCACCAUAAGAUACAGGCGAUACAUCAAGCCGUUUACAAAGUUCACCAUCACGUCCAGGGCAAUAUACUGGGACGAGAAGACGGUAUUCAUGGAACACGAGUUUGUGGGUCCCGGUGGCUUCGUCCACGCCGUCGCCGUCUGCCGGCAGAGGGUCAUUGACACGUCCGCGGCGGCCAUUGCCGAGCUACUGCUGCAGCUGCAUUGCGGCAACACCUGCCACACUCCUAUAGGGAAGAUGCCUCCAGAACUGGAACUCUGGGUCCAGAGUAACGAAUUGAGUUCAGCUAAGCUCCGGGGGUCCACCGCUCCCCUGCCGGUCCUGCAAGCCCAUCCCAUGAGCUGUGGCGAGAUCAUGCCCAACUCAGCGGUGGAGUGAAACAGGGAUCACUGUGCGAACGAAAAGAAAGACAGAUAAGACAUCUUUCCAUAAUUGAAUUGAACCUUUGUUGGGUUAGGUUUUUAGUAUACAUUAUUUAAAGUGUGGCUUUUGUUUUUGGCCUUUUUCUUUGGUAUCUUAUCAGUUGGUUUGCUCUUAGCAGAUCAGUCUUGGUCACCUUAAGGCGUCAUUAUCUGGUUCAGUCUGAUGGGCAGUUUCUAAUUGUCGAUUUUAAUUGAUUAGUCGAAUGUACUGCUGAUUAGCGUUAAGGUUAUUUGGUAUGCUUUACUAUUGCGACUUACAGCCCUCGUAAGAAGCGGGCGUGAUAAUAAUAUUAAAGUAACAUUCUUUCACAAUGUUGUAAUUUUUGUUCCGAAAAUGUACCGAGAAUUUUUAAUAGUCAUAGAGGAAAUUCCGUCGGAUUUUCCAUACGAAAUACGAAAAUACAGACUUUCAAAUGAAACUCUGUUCAGAAGAUAUAAUUAA